UAUCACAAUUCACAGAUAUAAGUCUAUUCAUGAAUAUCUAAAUCACACUCAUUACUGCAUACAAUCAGUUCAUUUUGUACUUGCUUCUCUUCUUCACACUUUCCAUACUUUCUUCAAUCAAGCUCUCUUAAAGGUUGAUGAACUUGAUGAUGAGAUCACUUCCCAAACAAAUGUGGGAACAAGCAAAACCCUUUCUAAAAUACCCCACAAGUUUGUUGAACAAGGAAUUACAUAAACCAUGGAAGCAACCAAGAAAUAAUAAGGUGGUUUUUAUCAUGGGAGCCACCGGCACUGGAAAAUCUCGUCUCUCCAUUGAUUUAGCAACUAUAUUUCAAGCCGAAAUAAUAAAUUCAGAUAAAAUUCAGAUUUAUAAGGGUCUGGAUAUCUUAACAAAUAAAGUGACAAAAGAAGAACAAUGUGGGAUCCCACACCACUUAUUAAGCAUAGUCAACCCUAAUGUUGACUACACAACAAAAGACUUUUGUCUAAUGGCCACACAUGGAGUGGAAUCUAUUCUCCAAAAGGAGAAACUCCCAAUCAUUGUUGGGGGAUCCAACUCUUAUAUUGAGUCUUUGGUUAUGGAUCCCAAAUAUGGGUUUAAGUCUAAAUUUGAUUGUUGUUUUCUAUGGGUUGAUGUUAAUUUUCACGUAUUAAAAAAGUUUGUGGCGCAUCGGGUUGACAAAAUGGUUCAAUCGGGUUUAGUAGAAGAGAUUCGAGAAGUAUUUGACCCGUAUAACUCGGACUAUACUCGAGGAAUACGACAAGCUAUUGGGGUAGCCGAGUUAGACAACUAUUUUCGAAAUGAAAAGUUUCUAUUGGAUCAUUCAAGUCGGGUUAAUGGGCUUCAAAAUGCUAUAAAAGAGAUAAAAAAGAACACAUGUAAUCUUGCGAACAAACAAAUACAAAAGAUUCAUUGUUUAAGGGAUUUGAAAGGUUGGGAUUUAAAUCGAAUUGAUGCCACUCAAAUAUUAAAGGAUCGUAACAAAGAUGCAGCUGAUCAGGCUUGGCAAGAGAUGGUGGUUAAACCAUCACUUGAAGUUGUCACCCGUUUUCUUUCGAAUACCAAUGAUUUGGAAUUCGAUUUAUCUGCCAGAUCUAGAGUGCUUACACGGACCAUGAUUAGGAAUGGUUGCACCUUUAUUCCUAUAGCAACGUAGUAACCAUAGAUUUAGACCCGUCAGGCAGUGCGUCAGCGGGUUUUGUCGGAUCAUUUUAGGUUCAAUAAUUUUUGGAUAGAUCAACUUCGGGUCAGGACAAUUUGGGCUAUCACUAAAGACUUAAAAUAUAUAUUUUUUUAUUACUAAAAUUUUUAUCAAUAUAUUUUUUUUAUUUUUAUUUAUACCACUCUUAAAGCUUACCGUGAAAUAUAAGCUCAAAAUACAAAAAUUGUAAAUGAUAAUGUAAAACUUAAUUUAUUUGUCUGGUCAUCAUAUAUUUUCUUUGGUCCUAUUUAUAUGUAAUAUUUGUUUUUUCAUGCAACUCAAU